AGAAUUUUCUUUUAUUCUGCUCUGUAAUUUGAGAAAUCUUAAGUUUCCAAGAUUGAUAGCACUUUUACUUUUACUUUUACUUGUAAAUUGUCUAGCUUCUUGAAAAAGAAAGAUCCAUAACCAAAUAACCACUCAAUUCUCAAGAAAUAUACGCAAAGAUACCAAAAUGAAGUUCUCAUACACUUCCAUCCUCUUCGCUCUCGCAGCUCCUGCACUGGUCUCCGCAGACAAGACCAGUGUCGAUGUCGCAUCCGUGAUUUCCGAAUUCUUCACCGCCACCCCCACACUCCCUGGCGGCGCUCUCUCCACCCUCGCCACGGCCCUCGCCUCUGUCGAGAACUCCUGGACUACCCAAGCCGCCUUCACAUCCUUCAUCGAAGCCGUCCAUUCCGCAGCCCCAUCCUCCGUCGCCAGCUCGAUCAGCAAAAGCGGUUUUUACUACAAUGAGAUCGUCACUGCCGAUUGGUUUACCAAGAAGGCUCCAAAUGAUGUGAAGAAGGCUGUCAGCACUUAUAUGAGCAAUGUUGACAAGGUUGAGUCGAGUGUUUGGAGUAAGGUAGCAACUGAGACGAGUAAAGGUGCGGCGGCUGCGGCGACAGGUGUUCCUGCGGUUGGGGUUAUGGGAGUUGCAGUUGCGGCUGGAUUGGGAGUUGUGGGAAUGAUGUAGACUGAUUCUUUGAUGGUGUGAGAUGAGAGGAAGGGAAGAUAUGAUGCGAUGCGCUUUAUGAGAUUAUGAUGCAUGAGAUGGAUGUAAUUCGUAGGGAGAUAUUCUGCUGGAUGUUAUGAGAAUUCAUUGAGAUACCCUCUUGGGCUACCUUUACAAAUGUACAAUGCACUACUGUGCCUUGAUACAUACCCAGUUCAUGUUGUGUCUGUUGAUUGAAGGCAAUGCUUUGGAACGACAGGAAGAUAACACCGCUCCUAAAUCUUUUAAUGACGGUGACAAGAGACGAUCGUAAAAAAUAUUCACA